GGUUGUGGUAGCUGCAGGAAAGUACAGAGGCGUUUUUGUUCCAACCUCUAUAGUACAGUACGGUGUACACAGCCAGAAGCAGCUACGUUAUCGCUUUGAUGGAUACAUGGAAACUUUACUUUGUUGUGCUUCUACCACUUUGUACCUCCAGAAAAGAAAUGAUGCAGAUGUCGCUUGUGAAAACGGUUGGUCAAGAACCAGAUGAUACUCCAAUAUGCAGCAAUGACACACUGAAUAUUAUCGUACUUACAGUAUGUAGAAUCAAAAUGAACAUGAGCCGAGGUGAAGAGUGUCGUCUGCUGUAUCGCCAUGUGGAAGGCUUUGAACAAGGAUGUGGUUCCAGGUUCACAUUUCUGACAAUAAAUCAGACUGUGUUUCUCCACCUGAGCAAUUUAAAACCAGAGGACAGUGGGAGCUACACCUGUGAGUGUGUGCGCCCUGAUGGAGUUAAUAACAUACUGCUCAACAUCACCGUGGAAGAGAGGGAAGAUUCUGCCGGUUCUUCAGAAACACCGUCAUCUGAUGGUGUAAUUGUAGAAAUUGUCAUUGGAGUGACUGUAGUCAUGAUUAUAACUGGAGUCCUGCUGGUAGUUAUCUGCAGAAAAAUGUGUCAUCGAAAACAAAAUGUACCCGUUUCUCAACCAACCACGGAAAUAGAAAACAUUGAACCAUAUAGCAUCUUCAUGCAGAAGGAGAACGGGCUUUAUUUAACAUGUGUAAUAACUACUAGCUCAACUACUAAUAAUUAAAAUGUGUCUGAAACAGUUUUUUUACUCAGUUGUAAAGCUUAUUGAUGUAUGUUUCUGUAUGAUUUCCGUGUCCCCAUCGAAUGAGUGAAAUAGUCAUUUAAAUAUUUUAUCCAUUAAAUAUAUUUCAAGUGCAUUUAAUCUAAAAUUGUAUAUCAAAAACAUCUUUUCUGUGUUUAAGGAUAUUAAAACAUGAUAGACUAGUUGACUCUUGUUUUUAUUUAGUGUCAGUAACAUCAUCUCCUGCUUCUGACACAGUGAUGAUUUCACUCCAAACCACAACAUAAAAAAUAUUUAUUUCCAUCCAUCAACAUCCACUCUAAUUAGGGCUACCAUAGAAGUUAGAGAGGUGUUGGGUUUACUGGAUGAUAAACACCUUCAUACUUCCUGUAAUGACUUUCUGUUCUCACCCACAUCUAUCACAUUGCUGUCACAGCUGCUGAUGCACCGUGGCCACAUUUUCACAAAAGGCUUCAAAGAAAGACAAACCAGCGUGUUUUACAUCAGCAGAUAAAUUACUUUCUGGUUUCUUCUCAGAUUGUGGUCAAAGUUUAUCCUCCUGGUUGUUUUUGUUGUGUUUAAAAAAUAUAAUGGCUGGAAAGAAGUAGAGAUGUAGGGGAGAUGCUGUACUUUUAAAAACAAUAUGUCUUUAGUAUUUGUAUGAAUUGCAUAUAUGGCUGAAUAUUCUGCAUUUAUUAAAAAAUUUAACAUUUCCCUGAAAUAUUUGUGUAUUGUCAGCUAGUUUCUGGAGGUGCUGCAGUUGCCUUCUUUAAAAUGUAUUUUCUUUAGAGAUAUGAUCAUUUAUUACAUGAUUAAGAUGUUUUUUUA